UAUAACUAUAACCAUUUCCAAUUAUAUAUAUUUCUAGGAUCUAUUAUUCUAUUCCAAAAACAAUCAAAUUGUUGAUCAAUUUAUACUCAGCUAGCUGAAGCCAUGGAAGCAACUCCUCUUGCAGUGCCCUUUGUUCAAGAACUAGCAAAGGAGAAACUAACUAGAGUUCCAGAACGUUAUGUUCGUCUUCACAAUGAACGACCAGCAUUAUAUAACUCUAGUACUACUCCUUUGCCUCUUCCUAUUAUUGACCUCAGCAAACUGUUGUCCAAAGAUCACAAGGUACCUGAGCUGGAGAGGCUGCAUCAAGCAUGCAAAGAAUGGGGUUUCUUUCAGCUGAUAAAUCACGGAGUCAACACUUCUCUGCUAGAAGACGUGAAGAGAGGUGUUCAAGAAUUUUUUCAUCUUCCAAUGGAAGAAAAGAAGAAGUUUGAGCAAAGACAGGGAGAUGCGGAAGGGUAUGGUCAAGUAUUCGUGGUUUCUGAAGAUCAGAAACUUGAGUGGGGAGAUGUGUUCUUCAUGUUUCUAUUUCCUCUAGAAAAAAGGAAACCAUACUUAUUCCCGAAGUUACCAUCAAAGUUCAGGGAAGAACCUAACAUGGCCUCCAGAGGCCCCUCCUCCUCCUCCUCACGAGGAAGAGGCAAAAACAGAGAAAGGAAUAAAGGUAUUGUAAUCUCUGACCCUUUAAUCUUAUCUGAGCCCACUGCUCACCAAUCUGGACCCACUGUCCAAAAAAUUGAGCCCACUGCUCAGACCCAAUCUUCCCAACCAAAACAACCAAAACAAACUAAAACAGAUUAUGCUUUAUCCAUCCCAACACUCCUUGCCUUCAAACAAGCAGGCUUAGAUGAAAUACCUCAAGGCCUCACCAAACUUCCAAAUAAAUCUUGGGCCAGCAUCGCCGACAAAGAUGAUGACCAAGAAAUUCAAUCCCUCCAAGCUUUUAUUGAUAGAACCAGAAGCUUAGCAACUUAUGAUGGGAAAAAACCUGUUGUUGUUGCCCAACCUAGCCCAGUUGCCCGACCUAGCCCAAAUCCAGGUUACUUGGCUAAAGCAGAUAUGAAAUUCCAAACCUUCAUCGAACCAGAAUGGUGGGACAAUUCUGGAGGAGUUAACCUGGCCAAUAAAAUUGGUACCAAGCUCUUCCCAAGUCAUCUUGAUCCCACUCACCCAAUCAAAAACCAAAGAUUCUAUGAGUUUAUUUUGGUUGACACAAACAGUGUGGAAAUCAAACAUUUUAGGGAUAAAAAUGAUAAUUCCCUAAUUACCCAUUCUACACUACAAAUCCUCCGUGUCCUUCGUCCCAAUGACUUUGGACCAAAUCCAAACAGUUACAAAAAGUUCUCCCAGAAUUUCGACCCAGUUGGUUUUAAUUAUUGGGACUAUAUCAGGGCUUGGGAUAAUAUAAUCCUUGGUCUGCAAAACAAAAGUUUCAAACAUUCUUGGCUCAUUUAUUUUAAAUGGACCAACAAAUAUUCUUUUCCAAAUUGGUUUCAUUCAUGGUGGAGCUUCUUUGGACCUACAGCUGAAAUUUUCCCCUCUGAAGUUCUUGAGGGAUAUAAUCACUUCAUUAAACACUGGAACAAAGAGUUGAACAAUUAUCCAGAUUGUUUAAACUUUUUUACAAUCUUUUCCCUCUCUUGGGUGUUCUCUUGGCGUUAUGGUCUUAAGACCAAAACCCAACCAAUCCUUUACAAACAGGCUCUCAUCAAAUGGUGGAAAAUCUUUGAUGCGACAAAAGCCCACAAAGAAAAUGUGAGCCAAUGGUUCAAAACCAAUCAGAAAUAUCUCAAGCAUGCAAGUCCACAGACUAGUCUCUUGCUAAACCAAAAGGCCCACAUCACAGCGGCCCUUGCAGGAGCUUCAACAGAAGAAGACUUGCUGAGAAACCUUCAAUCUGCUCUUCAAUUAUUGAAGGAGCCAAUUGAGCAGGCCUCAUCUUCAAAGGCCCCUCAACACAAAGUCUCCGAGCCAUCCUCUCUUGGGUCGUCAGAUUUUGUCCAAACCACAGAAUCAGAUGAUGAUGACUUCUGCUAAGUUUGUCGUCUUGUAAUCAUUUUAUUCUGUAAUAAUUCAAUUUUUGUACUGUAGCAACAGUAAAAUUGACUUUUUACUGUAGCAAAUAGUGCCAGUCAAAUAGUACCGUCUACCGGAACUAUUCAACCGGAACUAUUCAAACAGUGUCUAAUCUUUUCUUUAAAUAGGCUCAUUCUGAACCUUGUAAAUCAGAGUUUGGGUAGAGCUUAGAUAGAGAGUUUAGAGAGAGAAACACUGAGAGAAUUCCUUCUGUAAGUUCUCCUUCAGUUUUCCUUUCUUUCAAUCUUUUCUGUUUUUAAGUUUCAGUUUUUCAGUUUUUAAGUUUCAGUUUUGUAAUCUAUGUUUAUGUAAUAUAUAUCUUGUUCAAGUUUUAUUUUCCUGUAUAUGGAAGGCUGAGCCUCCUGUUUUAAUUCCUGUUUUAAUUUCUGCAAUUUAAUUUUCUGCAAAAAGCCCCUCCGUGGUGGCGUCCUACUUCUCUUAAUCCUCUUCUCAUCCCCCUCCUUCUGCUUCCGACCCCCUCUUGGUAUCAGAGCCUGAUGGGGAAGUAGGAACAUGCUAAAUAUGUUAGUAUAUAUAUAUAUAUAUAUAUAUAUAUAUAUUAUUUUGCCUUUUCAAAAAAAAAAUAUCUUGUGCUUUUUGUUAUUCCUCAUCUCUUUCUGACCACACAAGUGACGUCAGGGUUUGGAAAGAAGUGGUCAAAGUCCAUAUUUUCUGAAAAUGAAUUACUCAUAUGUGUAUGGCUUGAUA